UAUAACUAGCAGGCGUUGCAAUUUCGGAAUCUGUCCUUGUAUGAUGGCGGACGAAAAUUUCCACUGGAGAAACCGCAACGCAUAGCCUACCCUGAAUACGGAAAAAAAAUGAAAAAAUAAAACUAAUAAACCGAGUCCGGACGGACUGUAGCCUACACCGUCGUCAAAACAAUCGGGCUCAUUCCGGAAGAUGUCAAGGUUGCAAGCUCGGAAAUAAAGCUGUUUUAAUUUUGAUCAUUUGAGAAUGAAUACCGGUAACUCAUUUGAUUUCAAAGCGUUAUUUGUACAGUCAACUCUUGUGGAUGAGGAGGAUUUUGGAGCUCGAGCAAGCCUACUCGCAUGAGCUGCAUCAUUUUGGGAGGUGACAGACACUGUGGCUUGUGGGAUCUUCUUCUUGGUAGAAGGGAGACACAGGACUGUGCAAGACAGCUGUUUGCACCAAGAGCCCUAGGAACGCUGGCCCUGAGAAGUAGGAGUCAUGAGUGCUCAGGAGGUGCCUACCAAUCCUGCGCAGGAACAGGUUGACACGGGGGAUGGAGUCCCAGAUGGCCCCACCGCUACCCCGACGACCGCCACCCUCGCUGUCCCGGUCACAAUAAAGAAGGAGCCUGGCACGCAGGGGACCAGUAAUGGGAAAGAUGUGCCUGCCGAGAUCUGCGUGGUCCUCGGUGGAGGAGGAAAGUCUCGCAAUGACCAGACCCAGGGCUCCUAUGUUUGUGGGAUAUGUGGGAAGAAAUAUAAGUACUACAACUGCUUUCAGACGCACGUCCGUGCCCACAGAGAGUCCGAUAGCAUGCCAGGGGAGGGUGCACCACCAGCUCCCAACAAUAGCUUCCGCUACUCCUGUGACAUCUGCGGGAAGAAAUACAAGUACUACAGCUGCUUCCAGGAGCAUCGUGACCUGCAUGCUGUUGACGACCCAUAUGAGCAGGUGGUUCUAGGACCUGUGGAAGACCUCAAGGAGGAGCCGCCAGUGGAACCAUUCCAGAAAAUGGGACCAAAAACUGGGAGCUACGUGUGUGAGUUCUGUGGGAAGCAGUACAAGUACUUCAACCCAUACCAGGAACAUGUGGCUCUUCACCAACCAACGAAUUGGUCCUUCGAUAAUAUGAAGUCGCCUCGGUCACGUGGAAGUGUGGGUGGAAACAUGGACGUCAGCAAGUACAGUGCCACUAAAUUAGAAACCGACAGUCCCUUCAGUCGGAAAAUAGAGAGCAAAACCCAGUCCAGCUUGGUGGACACCAACAGUUCCCAGAACUCAAGCGGUACUCCAAGCCCCCUGGUGACCGGUUCGUUCCCUGCGUCACAGAAACCCUACACAUGUGGCGCCUGUGGCAUCCCGUUCCAGUUCUACAACAACCUGCUGGAGCACAUGCAGUCCCACGCUGCGGAUAAUGAAAAGCAUACCAAAGGGGAGUCUCCAAAGACAUCACCGGGCCCAGCCUCACAGGACCAGUUAUGGAGGUCCCCCCAGCCCCAGCAUCAGGCCCAAGCUCAAAUAGUUCAAGUCCAGAUACAGGCUCAAUCCCAGGCUGCACAGAGAAAACACUCCAUCAACCAGAACAGUGGUGGGUUACCGGAGAAGGAAAGGCAACAGGUAGCCGAGCGUCUCCUGAGGGUGAUGUGUACAGACCUGGGCAUGCUCAACAUGCUCAACAGCAAGGACUUCCUGAAGCUAGCCCAGACCCUGGUGGACACGGGUGCCCGCCACGGUGCCUACUCCACCCGCGAUGCCCUGGGCAACAUGAGCUCUCUGGCCCUACGCCAGCUUCCCCGCAUGUACAACCAGGUCAAGGUGAAGGUGACUUGCGCCCUGGGUUCCAACUCCUACCUGGGCAUUGCCGUCACCUGCCACUCCCAAACAGUGGGGCCUGAUGCCUGCCUAGUGCUGACAGCCUACCAGGUGGAGGGGUCCAGGCUCAAGCGCUAUGUUUUAGGCGUCAAGGAGGCAGACCUGAGGGAGGCGCCAGAGCAGGUGCACCAGUGGACACAGAACGUGCUGUCGGAGUUCGUCAUGUCAGACAUCCGCACGGUGUACGUGACUGAGCCACGGGUGGGGGUGGGGGGCUUGCCGCUGGGUGGAGGCGGGCGGAGGAGGGUGUGCCUGCGGUGUGCCGGGUGCUCGUUGAGUGCUGUGGUUCAAGCGGUGCUGGGGAAGCACAGCUUGCAGGCAAGGGGGCUCCACGAGCUGGCUGAGCUGUUGGCUGCCUGCCACGACAUCGCCGCCUCCACCAGCCUCUUGUCCACCAGCGCCGCCACGGAUGAGGGCAUGUCUAACCCCUCCACUCCCCCUGGGCUCAGCUCCACUCCUCCCUGCUGGGACCGUAUGGCUGAGGCCCUCCUUCAGGUGCACUCCCACUUUGAGCAGAUCUUCGAGGCGUAUGGGAGGAGCAAGGCCACGGCUUCCACACUGCAGGGCCUCAACAAGCACCUUCUAGAGACACUGACCUGCCUGUUGGCCCCUCUGCGCCUGGCCGCCCUGGAACUCAGCAGCCAGAGGAGGCCAACCCUGCAACAGGUGCUACCUGUCUACCUGCGCUUGGAGAAACUGUUCACCUCCAAGGCUGGGGAAGUGGGGACCUCCAGCAAACUCUGCCAUUACUUUCUGGAAGCUCUUAAGGAGAACUUCAAGGUGGAGAAAGCCCACCAGGUAGCCAUGGUGCUGGACCCCCAGCUGAAGCUGCGUCCUGUCCCAGCCUACCAGCAAGAGGAGAUCAUCGCCCACGCCUGCGAGAUGGCCACAGACGCCCGCGACGGUGGGGGGUCCGGAGGUGAGGAUGUGGAUGGACCCUCAACACUCAAACGGCUCCGCGUGGACGUCCCCAGGGGCGUGGUGAAUGCCAGAGGGGUAGUAGCUGUGUCGUCGGGUGAGGCGUCGUCAGAUGAAUGCCAGACCCAGGUGAGACAGGAGGUGUUCCAGUAUCUGGCUGAACCGCUCCUCCAGGGUACCAACCCAGACCUCUUCCACUACUGGAGCACCACUGUGGGCGACCGCUACCCCAGACUGGCACGCCUGGCACUGUGGCUGCUGGCCGUGCCCGCUGUGGGUGUCCGCAGCGAGUGCGUGAGCGUCUGCGAACAGAGCUUGGCCAUGAAGAGGAGGCAGCAGGUCACCGCCGAGGAGAUGAACAAACUCAUCUUCCUGCGCUCCAACAUGGCCUGAAUGUUACGGUCCGACCAAUAAGUCUGACCGAACCACGACCAUAGCUCGACUGUCCUAGACCGACCCACCAACGACUACACAGACUUUCUACAGCGGGAUAGCGGAACCCAUAGUGCCAUCUUCUCAAGAUGCUGAUCAAACUGUGGUUAGUGCCAAAUGCAACAAAGAAAAAAUGUAUUAUCAGGGGUUGAAUUUGCUUUUAAAAAUGAUAGGAUAAAUGACAAGGAUAGUAAGUAAGGGGUGUUGCGUCUGGUGCUAGCUAGUAACCGCUGUUAUUAGUAACCGCUGUUAUUCUUUGGCCCUUAAAGAUCUUGCUUUCACUGAAUCACUUCUGACCCUUAUGUGUCGAAGUCAAUUUCAUGCCUUUACUAUGUUAUCAAACUGCCGUCUUUUUACAAUUUCUUCAAUGGCUUGUAGUUGUCUGGCUUUAGUAGCCCUUUGAAGGACUAAAGGCGGAAGAUUGGCCUUCGGUGGUUGUGUAUGGUCUGGCAUCACAUCCGUUCUGGACAAUGGUGCCAUUGAAGUGAUCUGUUACUGAGUGACUAUACUGAAUGACUUGAUGGUUGGGGUGGGUGUGAUUAGGAACUCGUCGGCCGGAUUGCUAUAUAUAUUUUAGUAAUAAUACAUUCAAUAGAAAGAGGAAAAGAGAACUUAAAUGAAGUGGGCCUCCAACCCCACCCAGCCAACAUGUUUCCAUCCAACUCUCCACACCUGGAAACCAUGUUUCCAUCCAACUCCCCACACCUGGAAACCAUGUUUCCAUCCAACUCCCCACACCUGGAAACCAUGUUUCCAUCCAACUCUCCACACCUGGAAACCAUGUUUCCAUCCAACUCUCCACACCUGGAAACCAUGUUUCCAUCCAACUCCCCACACCUGGAAACCAUGUUUCCAUCCAACUCCCCACACCUGGAAACCAUGUUUCCAUCCAACUCCCCACACCUGGAAACCAUGUUUCCCCACCCCCCUAGAAACUAGGUUUGCUCGUCAGUCAGCACUCCCCCCUCCAGGUGAGCAGAGGUGUCGAAAGCAUUCCACAGGGAUGCUGGCCCAUGUUGACUCUAAUGCUUUCCACAGUUGUGAAGUUGGCUGGAUGUCCUCUGGAUGGUGGACCAUUCUUGAGACACACACAGGAAAAUGUUGAGCGUGAAUACAACAUCGUUGCACCUACUACCAUACCCCGUUCAAAGGCACUUCAAAAUGUUGUCUUGCCCAUUCACCCUCUGAAUGGCACACAUAGAUAAUCUAUCCAAUUUAUUAUAAUUUAUUAUUUUGGGCUUUAUACAUUUUAUUUGUAUGUAUUAGGCUUUAGCUAAGAUUAUUCUUUAGAGUCAAGUAUAUUUGUCCAGGCCUCAAUUGUUCCUUGAUUAGCACCAUUCAUUCUCGCUGUGGAUAAUUCUGAUAUUAGAGCUUCUAACAGUAACUGUAUCCACUGGAGAAUUGGGAGAGAGUGAGGUGAUUGCCAUCUAAGACACAACAGCUUUUUUUUGCGGCAAUGCUGCCUGCCAGCAGUUAAUCAUCCCUUAUUGAGAGGUUCAAGGAGCUAUCGUUGUUAAUUAACAUAAUAGAUGCAAAGCAUUGAAUAUUUACAUUGAUGCACAUUUAACUGCAGGGCACUCCCACAUAAUUUGAAAAAUGUGCCUACCUGAUUUAGGGGACACAGUGAACAGUUGGGAGUUGGGGCCAAUUUUAUCAUAAAACACAUCCUUGGUGAUAAAUACAGUCUGUGAACAAACUUAAAAUGUAUAAAUGAAUGGUUUGUUUAGGUCAUAUUUUUCCAUGUUCUGUUCAUUAGUCAGAUUCAAUUAGAUGAGGGGAACAAUCCUUUUUUUUAAUGGCUAGCUCAGAAUGAGCUUUCCAAGUUGUUUAUAUAUUAUAGAGAUCAGUCCUUUCCAGAGCCCAGAUAAUUUAUUUAGAAGUCCCAUCAUUGGAUGGUUCGGUAGUUGGGUUUCCCAAGGGACUUCUUACGCCAGCAUAGCUGACCUAAGUUGUAAAAAAAAAUGUACAAAAGAAAAGAGUUGCCUGGUCAUGUGUAUAUCUCUAAUCUUGGAAUAUUCUCAAACCAUUUCUGUCCAUGAUACCGGUAAAGGUACGGAUUCCAAAUUUGGACCAUUGGGGAGGAUGUAAAAGGCUGCCCUACAGAUCGCAAGGCAUUCUUGUGAUAUAUUGGAGCAUGCCAUUUUGAUUCCUAGUUGCGUUGUUUAACAACUGGCGCAAAAUGGAAAUUGUGUGAGCCAUAAUGGGACCAAAGCAUACUUGACAUUGUUUAAGGGGUAUAUCUGUGAAGACCACCUCUUCUAUGGCAAUAGGAGACAAUAUUUCUCUCUAUUCAGCCAAGGGGAAAAAUAAUCAUGUCUAAAACAAUUUAGGAUGGGUUGAAAUGCUAGUGCCUGGAAAUACUAUUUAAAGUUUGGUAGGGAUAGUCCUACGUCUUUCCCUCGUUGUGAUUUUGUUCACUUUAGAGAGAUGUCUGGUCUAUCAAAAGCUUUUCCUGCAUGGAGAGAGAAUACAGCCCAAGGAGCAUCGAAUAUAUGUCAUAGUCAUGGGAGGUUAUCCAAGGAUAAAUGUUUUUAAACAAACCCAUGUGGGCCAAUUUGGGUAAGUCUCGAGAUGGGACGACAGCAUCUUGGAAAAAACGUUUAAUAUUUACGUUUAUCAAAGAUAGGAAGAACACUGGCAGGCAUCCUUACCUUUUUUUAACUUAAAGUGAAAUUAGUGCUGUAUUCACAUCUCUCCCAAAUGAACCUUUGUGAACAGCUGUGUUAAUCAUUUCGAGCAAUAGUGGACCUAAUUGAUUCCCAAAAUUGUACUAGACCUCAGGAGGAAUACCCUCCCAAUCCAGGUGAUCAUGCUAGCCCCAAUGUCCUUUUGAGUUUACUGAAAGACAUUUGGGCUCCCAGUGAGGUGGCUUCCUCUGAUAGAAGAGGUGUUCUUAAUUAUUUUAGAAAGGACUGGGUUGGUGUGGAUUUAUAAUCCGAGGUAUACAGUUCUUUAUAGAAGUGGGAAAAUAUUUGAUUCAUUUGGGUUCUGAUGGUAAUUCCCGUGUUUCAGAUUCAAUAGUCGCUAUGUCAGCUAAUUGAUCAUUAAUCCAUAGCUCGUUGACCAGUAAAUGACUGGGACGAAUACCAUGAAAGUAAUGGUUGAGUCUAACUCGAUGGAUGGCAAAUUCUGCUCUCUAUAUCUUAUCAGUAAAUUAAGUUAUGUCUUGACAUUGGAAAGAGUAAUAGCUACCUGGUCUGAAAAUAGUGUUUGUUGAGAACUCACUAACGCAGUUAACGUUUCCAAUUUUGAUAUCUUAUUUAAUUAUAGACAUUCGAGACAAGUACAAUGAGACCAUGUCUCUCCAGCAUAUACUCUCUGAUUACAACCUCAUUGAUGCCUGGCGAGCAAAUAAUCCUAAAGCAGAGGAGUACACUUUCCACUCAAACAGGCAUAAUACGUUCUUCUGUCCCGAUAACAACAUGGAAAUCAGUUAAUUCUAACUAUGUUCAGAGAAUCAAAAAACCUAGGAUCAUAUGAAUUUGGAGGAUACACAUUAAGGCAUUUUUCUUUCCAUUAUGGACACAUUUAAGGAAAGUGAUUCUGCCUUCUUGGUCUUCGCCUUUACCCAAUAUUAUAAAUACACCUUUUAGUUUUGUUCGGGGCUGAAAAGCAGUCAUUUUUUUUUUAUUUUUUUUUACAAAUUCUCUUUUCUAUGUGUGUCCUUUUUGAGCAGAUGUGUUUCUUUGAACUUUGCUAUAUUAAUAUGGUUUCUUGCUAGGAUAUCAAGACAGCAGGGACGUUUAAUAGAACUAUUAAGGCCCUUCAAAUUCCAAGAGAGAACAGCUAGUGUGGACAUUGAAGAAGAAAACAAAAAGAAAUCAUAAUGUAUUAUUAAUGGAUGUAAUUUGUUUAAAUUAUUUAAUUUUUUGGUUUCUUUCCUUUCUUUCCUUGUUUUUUCUAUCCUUGUCUUUUAUUUAAUUUUGCUCAAUCGUGGGCAUGUAAUACCAUUGACAGCCGUUACAAAUAGCCUUCUCCCACAUUAGGGAAGUGGGAGCUAAAGAUUCAUGGUCCCCCAGACUAACCGCCACACCUCCCCCAGAACACCCCACUACCUCGGUGUGGUGGACACAUUGUCAUAUAACUGGCUAUCAGGAGCACAUUUCAUUUGUCUAUGAAAUCAGGCCCAUCCCUCUUGAUGUGUUAUUUGGUCCAACUUCUCAGUAAAAUCUUGACCUCCCACUUUCUUUUGCAAUAAAUCCUCCCAGUGUCUAAUAUUGUUUGACAGUUAUUUUGAAAGAAUCUAAUACUAACAUAUCGGUUUUGAGUUUAAAAAAUGAAAACCUUCCCCAGCAGAAUCAAGAGAUUCUUUAUCGUGUUGCAUCUCUCCCUUAAGUCACAAUUUAACUCUUUGUGGAGAUAUAACACAAUAGUAUAAAACAGGGAGUAAACACUUGUACUUUUGCCCAAAAUUUGGAAACUAUGGCCCAAUGCCAGACAUUAUGUAACAAAUCCUCCACUUCCACACCAAAAAAUUUGCACAAAUGGGAUUGUUCAAUGCCCCAUAUUUGAAACAUCUUGUAGCCAGAAAUGUGUACAAGAUCUUCAACUGAAACAUUCGGAUUGUGAAGAUUGUUUUAUACUGAACAAAAAUAUUAACGCAACAUGCAACCAUUUUAAGUUACAGUUCAUAUAAGGAAAUCAGUCAAUUGAAAUAAAUUAAUUAGGCCCUAAUCUAUCGAUUUUUCAUGACUGGGAAUACAGAUAUACAUCUGAUCACUGAUACCUUAAAAAAUAAAUAAAGUAGGGGCAUGGAUCAGAAAACCAGUCUGUAUCUGGUGUGACCAGAGCGCGACACAUCUCCUUCGCAUAGAGUUGAUCAGGCUGUUGAUUGUGGCCUGUGGAAUGUUGUCCCACUCCUCUUCAAUGGCUGUGUGAAGUUGCUGGAUAUUGGUGGGAACUGGAACACACUGUACUCAGUGGGUGACAUGUAUGGUGAGUAUGCAGGCCAGGGAAGAACUGGGACAUUUUCAGUGUCCAUGAAUGGUGUACAGAUCCUUGCGACAUGGGGCUGUGCAUUACCAUGCUGAAACAUAAGGUGAUGGCGGCUCAUGAAUGGCAUGAAAAUGGGCCUCAGGAUCUCAUCACGUUAUUUCUGUGCAUUCAAAUAGCUUUCGAUAAAAUGCAGUUUGUUGUCCGUAGCUUAUGCCUGCCCCUACAUAACCCCACCGUAAACAUGGGGCACUCUGUUCAUAAUGUUGACAUCAGCAUAUUGCUUGCCCACACAACGCUAUACACAUGGUUUGCAGUUGUGAGGCCAGUUGGACGCACUGACAAAUUCUCUAAAAUGACGUAGGUGGCUUAUGAUAGAUAAAUGAACAUCACAUUUUCUUUGCAACAGCUCUGGUGGGACAUUCUGUAGUCAGCCAAUUGCAUGCUCCCUCAACUUGAGACAUCUGUGGCAUUGUGUUUGACCAAACUGCACAUUUUAGUCGCCUUUUAUUGUCCCCAGCACAAUGUGCACCUGUGUAAUCAUCAUGCUGUUUAAUCAACUUCUUGAUAUGCCACACCUGUCAGGUGGAUGGAUUCUCUUGGCAAAGGAGAAAUGCUCCCUAAAAGGGAGGGAACACAUUUGUGCACAACAUUUGCAAGAAAUAAGCUUUCGGUGCGUAUGGAACAUUUUCUGUGAUCUUUUAUUUCAGCUCAUGAAACAUGGGACCAACACUUUACAUCUUGCGUGUAAUUUUGUUCAGUGAAUGGGAGUAUCAAACUGCUCUUCCCAGAUAGUGGAAUGGGAUGGCAACCAAUUUGUUGUUUUCCAAAUGAAAAUGAUACGUCUUUAUAGAUUUUAACUCUACUUAACCGUCAGUAGCUGUGUUUUCAUCCAAUUGGUGACAGAUUUUCAUGCAAUUAUUUAAAAAUAUGCAUUAAAAGAAUAUGAGCAUUUUCCCACAAGUGGUGUGUCCACAAAACAGAUUUGUUCCAGAUAGAAAAUCAGUGUGUGAUGUUUUUAUGUACAGAAUAAAACUCCAGUAGCAGUGUGUGGAUAAAAUCACUGGGGAAGCCAGACCCGCCAAACGUUAACACCCACCCGCUUAACCCGGAAGCCAGCUGCACCAAUGUGUAGGAGGAAACACCGUUCAACUGAUAACCGAAGUCAGCCUGUAGGCGCCCUGCCCACCAUAAGGAGUCGCUAGAACACGAUGAGCAAAGUAAAGCUCUCACCGCCUAACCCGGACGACGCUGGGCCAAUUAUGCACCGCCCUAUGGGACACCCGGGCUGGGAUCGAACCCGGGUCUGUAGGGAUGCAGUUCCUUAGACUGCUGCGCCACUCGGGAGGCCCAAUCACUCACAAUUUAGUCCAAUCACUGUAAGCUAAAUAUAAUUUGGCUGUCCAUGGUUCUGAUUUAUGUGUGUGUGUGCACAUUCAUACAAGUAGAAAAAUAUGUUGACUCUCCCUAUUUGUUGAGAAACGCCAAUGCCAUCCUCCUCUUGUUAUUGUUGAUGAAACGGUCUAUCACUCUGUCAUACAGUACACACUACUUUUUUGUUGUCCUAGGCUACCUGGCUAAAAUGCUUGCUCGCUAGCCUAACUUCCAUUCUUGGGCAACGUUAGCUAGUUAACAUUAGCCUUCUACAUCUAGCUACAUAUUGAACUUCCAUCCUCUCGGGCCAGGGGCACAACAAUGAUUUGAAUUAAUGGUUGGAUCAGAAUCACCAUUAUAAUCAUUGGCCAUUACCGAGAAUUAAAUCCACAAGUCCAAAUCUCGAUGUCCAUCAUGGCUAAUGUAGGAAAGUGCCAACUUUAGCUAGCUACUCUACAGUUUUGUCACACAAACUGUUGCAUUAAAUAGCAAAUGUGCCUACUCUGGUCUUGGCACGUGCGAUCUAGCCAACAACUAUCAAAUACCGUGUGGGUAGGCUAGUCUACAUGAUGAGAUUAUUAUGGAUUAGAAUAUGUUUGUCAAACGGCAGUCGAGCAUCGAUCAUCAUGUUACCAGAAUCGGCACUUUCACCACCCUGUGAAGUUCAUCGUAAAUAAUUUAUUCUGUAGUUUAAUAAACUGUGUGGUUUCCCGAGUCAUUGAGGGAGGACCACACACCAUAUCAUCAUGUGACUCCAAAUGUACUUCGAUAUGAUGGUUGUUCUAUAAAUAUUUGAGGGCGUUUCCACUGCCAUUUCUCGCAAAAUACAUUUUACAGACGCAGAAAGAUCCCACCAUGUCAAACAAACAAAUUAUCGGUCAGCAUUUAUGAAAUGGUACCGAAACUUCCUGUUUCCAUCAGUUGUCAGGAUUUUUGAUUUAUACGCUAUGACGUUACUCGCAUAAAACUGGAUGGAAACAUGGUUUGUGAGAUUUAAUGAGGUCUACAAACAGGUUCUCUUCUCUUUUAACCCUUGUUGUCUUUAAAGACAGUCUCACUAUACCAAACUCCAUGUCUUUAUGUAUAAUAUGUCGGUUUCUGAUAUAUUAGUCUUUCUUAGUCUUCAUUUUGUCGUUUGUACUUUUUACAUCGAAUAUAGACCCAUGUAUUAAUUUAUCCAAAAGCAAAUAGUCCAAAGAAACUUACUGGUGUGGCAAUUAUGGUUUUAUGCUUUUAAUUCAUGCACUGAUUUUUCUUGUAGGGUUAACAUUUUUGGCAUGGUUGAUCCAUCCCCGCACUUGAGUUUUGUCUGUCCUCCAUUCAGUGACACAUUCCACUUUCUCAUUUAGGAGUUGUUUGUGAAAUCUAUUGUUGCCUUUGUGAAGCCUUGCACAAAUAAGUUGGAAUCCAACUGGCUAGCUAGACCAGUACUAUAUUGGAAGUGAGUGUCACACACACCUAGGUACACACAUGUUGUUAACAUGUCUAUUCAGUAUAGAUGGUUGACUUAACUUGACUAUGUCCAUAGCAUCUGAGUUCUUUUUUUACCUCCAGAACUCAAGGACAUACAGUUAAGGCUAUGAUUUAGUCCGACAUGAUGAAUAUAAUGAAAUAAUAAGUGUAGGACAUAGAUUGAUUUCAUUUUUAAGUGGUGUUUUUUUUUAGACAACCAUAGUCGAGGGAUUUAACCUGUAGAUCUUACAUAAGAAUUUCCAACAGUAAAUUCUCCUGGACAUGCAGUCGUUGAUUUGGUGAUCUCCAAUACUAUACACUUGCCUCGUACACUUUGUUGGUAGGAUGAGAAUUUAUAACAAAGAUAUGCAUGCAAUCAAUAUGAGAGGACUGAUCUAUUCUAAAACGGAACCGUUUCAGGGGGUCAGAAGUUGCUCGUAGGCAGUCGACCUCAGAUCAGUGUCUAGGGGCAACUUCAGCCUCCUUUCAAGGGGUGGCAGCAUGCGAACACAAUACCUUUUUUACGUCAGUAGAGGGAGCAAGUGUUGCAGAAUGAGGCAUACAGUUUGAUAACGCCAUACCUCUUUUUAUAAACUAGCAUUUCAAGGGUUUUGAUACACACAACUCAAAUACUGUUUGUUAUAAAGAACUGAGUUCAGAUGACAAAAAUAUAUAUAUUUUGCCGCUAACUAAUGGCUUCGCUGAAACGCAGGUCUUGUUUUUAUCCGGUGGGUAUAACAAGAUGCUAAUGUUCACUGUAGGUACAAGAUGGCUAACAAAUGCUCUUUCCUUCUCCUUCAGAAAUGUAGACUAUUCUCCAAUUCUAAUUCAGCAUCAAUGUUGUUUGUCUUUUAUUUUAUGGAAACAUGUCAUAUUGUUUGUACUUUUUAUACUCUGCUAGACUACAAUUAUUUUUCAUUUUAACUUAUUUUAAUUCCACCAUAUUUGUCUUAUCGGUAGGCCUAAUUUAUACUUUUGUAGUGACUAUUUUGAUAUACUGCUGAUGAUAGGAUACAAAGUUGUUUUGUUUCAGAAUGUCAGAAGUGACUGCACUGUAGAAUGUUCUGAAAUACGUUACCCACUGUAGUAUGUGCUGUGUGAAUAAACUGGCUGAAAUGAG